AUGCCGAGGUUCUCUCCCGUUUUACGAGAGGCAACGGGACUCUUUACGACCUUGAGCGAUGCAAAUGGACGCCGCGUCGCCGCCUUCGGUUAUUGGGCAGGCUCCUAUCUCCAGGCAAAACAACCAGCAGUCCCUGCGUUUGACUCGGUCUCAGCUUUGGUUAGCCAAGUUAAAACAAAUCUAGCACCAGCACUCGAUCAAUCAAGGGAGAUAUCCGCGUAUCAUUAUUAUUGUGGCGCGGUGGACCAUUGUCUGGCAGCAGGAAUACCCCAAGAUAUUGCCGAGACCAAAGGGGGCCCCUUCCCGGAGAUCGCUGCGUCGGAUAUUUUCACCAAUUGCGUCUACCUUGGUCCUAACGACGCCCCUCCUUUCACAGCACUUGAAGCCCUAUCUAGUCCCGAGAGGCAGCUCCGUGUUGUCAGCUGUGACCCGAAUAGCAAGAACAAUCCCACCCCUAUCUAUUCUAGCUAUAGCUCCUUUGGCAAGUUAGUAUCUGGAAACCUCGCGGGAUCUGAGCUUCCAGUUGUCGCCAUUGACCAUCUACCCACCCUUGUGGCUCGAGAAUCAAGUGACGAGUACUCACAGCUAUUGUUGCUUAGCUUGUUGACGCUGAGUCGUCUGAAUGAUGAAGGAGGGAGUUUGGAGGAGGGCUAA